AUGUCCGUGUUCCUUGGCGUGCAUGCUGAAGUGGCUGCCGCGCACCUGCAGUGUAUCAUGUUGGCAUCCAUCCGCCGUGGACGUGAGUUGAUUAAGGCGCGGGCGUCGUCCCCAGCUAUACAGGAGCACUUUGAGCAGCUGCUGGACCGUCACCCCGGAGUGGACCGCGAUGUCACGUCUCGUUGCCUGUCCCUCGCCCACACGCUGCUCACACCGGAGUCCAAGUCCCUCGGCCUGCCGGACUUCCCCGUGGACAACCUCGGCCUGGCUAUCUCCAUCUUGGACCACUUCCCCACCGUGGACCCCUCGAGGUUGAUGAUGAGGCUGUACCCGUACCCUGUGUUCCUCCAGCAGGACUCCUUCAAGUCUGUUGAGGAUGCUUUGUCAACUUUCAGCUUCAACUCAUUCCUGCGCGGCAGCACCAGGGAGGGAGUCAAUGAGGUGAAGAGGGUGCAGGCAAAGGAUGGCUCCCCCAACACUGCCGAGGUGGUGCUCAAGGUGGAGGGCAAGAAGGCCACAGCUCAGCUAACAUCAGGAAAUAGCUGGGGAAGUCAUCCACCAUCCUUUGUGUUCACGCCGUACCACCAUGAGGUUCUGGCAGACCUGCUGCAGACCCACAGUGUUGCCGACAUGUGCGUCAUUGGCCCUCGAGGCUGUGGCAAAUCUGCAGUUGUGGCAAAGAUGGCUCACAUGUUGGGCUAUCAGACUGAGCCUAUUCUUUUGUACCAGGACAUGACCUCCCGUGACCUGGUGCAGCAGCGAGUCACUUCUCCAAAUGGAGACACCACCUGGCAGUUCUCUCCCCUGGUGACUGCUGCUUUGGAGGGCAAGAUGGCUAUUCUUGAUGGCAUUCAUAGGCUCCACCAUGGAACCUUGGCUGUGCUGCACAGGUUAGUCCACGACCGAGAGCUGCAGCUGUACGAUGGUUCAAGGUUGCUGCGUGCUGAGCGCUAUGAUGCUCUCAAGAAGAAAAGUAAUCUUUCAGAAGAGGAAAUGUUGGCCAAAGGUCUCCACCGCAUCCAUCCUGCUUUCCGAAUCGUGGCGCUGGCCGAGCCUCCUGUGGUUGGUGCAGCCCAGGGGCAGUGGCUCACCCCGGAGGCCCUCACCCUCUUCCUCUACCACAACAUGAGGCGCCUCAGUGCUCAGGAGACUAACAACCUCAUCAAGAAACUGGUUGGUGACUGUGAUCCAGCAGUAGAGGAGCUGAUAUCCCUGGCCUCCCAGCUGUCUGUCUCCACUGACCCAGCAAUGCGAUCCUUGGCAGAGUCCCUCUCGCUGCGACAGAUCAUCAGGAUAGCAAAGCGUUUCAGAGCGUACCCAAAUUUUGACCUUAAUACUGCUGUGUAUAAGGCCUGUCUUGCAAGAUUUCUUCCUCCACUGGCCAAACAAGCUCUAGACAUAACACUGGAGAAUCGAGGCAUCACAAAAGCCAAGCCUUUAGGAAGCAGAAAGCUGGUGUGUGAGGUGAAGGACGGAGUGCUCAGGAUUGGGGACACCCACGCUCAGGUCUACACUCCUGACAAUGCCACCAAGAUUCCUGACACUCUUUUCUUUGAUAUAGACCAGCAUGUGGCUGUCUUGGAGAACAUGCUUCAGGACUGGCUGUUAGGGGAUCACCUUCUGCUGGUGGGGAAUCAAGGUGUUGGUAAGAACAAGCUGGCUGACAGGUUCCUGUACCUCUUGUCUCGCCCUCGGGAAUACAUCCAACUCCACAGAGACACAACAGUGCAAAGUUUGACUAUCCAGCCAGUGGUGCGUGAGGGGCGCAUUCAGUACGAGGAUUCACCGCUGGUGGUUGCCGUCAAGACUGGCCGAGUGCUGGUGGUGGACGAGGCUGACAAGGCCCCCACCUAUGUCACCUGUGUACUCAAGACACUAGUGGAAAAUGGAGAGAUGCUUCUCUCUGAUGGGCGCCGCAUUGUUCCCAGCUCCCACCCACUUGCUGCAUCACAGGCACCCAACAUCAUCGUCUCCCACCCUGACUUUCGCAUGAUUGUGCUUGCCAACCGCCCUGGCUUUCCCUUCCUUGGCAAUGACUUCUUCGGUGCCCUGGGUGACCUCUUCAGCUGUCACGCCAUUGACAACCCAAGCAUUGAGUCUGAGAUGGCUCUGCUGCGCUCUUAUGGCCCCAACGUUCCAGAGGAGACCAUGCGACACCUGGUGGGGGCCUUCAGUGAGCUGCGGGACCUGGCAGACCAGGCGCUGAUCCAGUAUCCGUACUCUACCAGGGAGGUUGUCAACAUCAUCAAGCAUCUGCAGGCAUUCCCGGAUGACGGAGUGGCAAGUGUGGUGCGCAACGUGCUUGACUUUGACUCCUGGUCUGGUGAUGCCAAGGAGACACUGGUGCGAGUCAUGCACCGCCACGGCAUUCCCAUUGGCACCUCCUCCAAGAAUGUCAACCUGGCCAAGAAAAUUCCUCUGCCUGAACCCACCCUGGCAGCCACCUGGCAGGUCAUUGCCCAGCGCCACCGAGGAAAGACGGCUCUCAUGAGGCUGCCUGUUGACACCUCUCCUCUCAGAUAUAAGAAUCCAGCAUGGCUCAAUGUGUCUCACCAAGAGGUUGAUGCAGUUCAGGCAAGGUCAUCGGUAUUCACAGAACAACAGAGCUACUGGCCUCUCCCUCUGUAUGAGACUGCUCUUGUCACUGAUGUGGCUGUUAGUCUGGGAGGCUCCCAAGACUCCCUGGAUGAUACCAUAUAUGUGACCUCUGUGGCCCCUGCAGCCCUUUAUUCCCUGAUUCCCAAAGGCACCAAGGAAUUGAAGCAGACGCUCCUCCAUGAAUUCCUGCCACGUUAUCGCUCAGCAUAUCAGCCGAGGCUGAAGGUGGCAAGCCUGCACAAUGGGACUGUUGCUGUCCAUGAGGAAGUUUCCAACACACUUCUGAUUAUUGAUGGUGACAGGGGCACUGCUACUGGGAUACAGCUCAGCUCCAUGUUUGAAGUUGCUGCUGAGACAUUUUUGAAAAAGAUUGGAUCAGGCAAACAAACAUACCUUCGCAUGUGUAAGGACAGAGCAGAUCAUGGACAGCUCUACCUAUGGGAAGUUGGUGGUGGUAGUGUAAUUUUUGUGGAUUUGAUUGAUGAGGUAAUGCAGUCAGUAAACAUGCCUCUUUCCCUGUCAUCAUUUCAUGUCUUAGAUGAUGAUCAGCAGUGGCUGGCUGUGGAUGAGAAUGGUGGGAAGUGGCUGCUGAAGAGAGAAGGGACAGAGUUUGUGCUCCACCCAGUGUCACAGACAGUGAAGGAUGGUGGGCAGCAAAUCUCCAUCUCUACUGUUGCCCCAUAUAAUUUGAGUGACUUUGUCCUGUCCUCAGCACUGCAGCAGCAGAUCAGUGCCCCAAGCCGUCUCAUCGCCCCUAAAGAUGCACUAGCUGCUGUUGCUGUAGGCUUCCCUGAACUUGAUGCCAGUGAGAAUGAGGUUUACAUGUGGGAGCGUAAAGGUACAUCCCUCAAUGACCUUGUUCCUGGCUGUGACCCAGCCAGCAUUACAGUCACACUCAAGGAUUGUGGACAGAUUGUAAGAUGUGUAGAUAAUGCUCCAGAUGAUGCUUUUGAAUACAGUCAGACACCAGCUAGAAACUGUUUGUUCUUAGAGGUCACAGAUUUAGUGAAUCGCAGUGUGAGUUACGUGCCCGUGCCCAGGGCAUCCCAAGCCUCACCUUACUGGGCAUGGGCAGCAGCAGCACGCACCACUCCACUUGUGUUAGCAGCAACCUCUGACCAAGGAGUGGUUUCUGUGGACUCUAGUGGAGUGCUGCGUCUCUGGCAGACAGGAAGUGAAGGACUACAGAGAGCUCUGGUUGAGUGGCGCAAGAUGAUUGGUGAGGACACGGGUCACCUGAGGCUGGAUAUUGAGCGCUAUAGUGGAGAGGAUGUCACUGAACCCAAGCAUGGGAAGGAAGAUCCUGACAAUGAGCCUCAUGUUGGGGGAAACACCUGGGCUGGUGGGACUGGUGGCCGGGACACAGCUGGCCUGGGUGGCAAGGGAGGACCCUACCGCCUAGAUGCCGGCCAUGAUGUCCACCAGGUGAGUCAGGCUGAGAAGGAUGCAGUGCCUGAGGAGGUGAGGCGAGCUGCCCGAGAAAUGGCACAGAAAGCUUUCAAGGAACGAUUGCGCCAGAUCAAGAUGAGUGAGUAUGAUGCUUCCCUGUACGAGAGACUAGCAAAGAGUGUGGAGUCACAAGUUCGAGCUUUGCGUGGGAUCAUUAACACUCUUCAGGCUAAAGGGAAGGAGAGGCAGUGGCUCCGUCACCGCACUGCUGGCGAGCUGGAUGACAUGAAGCUCAUUGAGGGACUGGCUGGGGAGAAGAACAUUUAUCGACAGAGGCGUGAAGAAGAGCCUGAGGUUGGUGCUCCACAAACUCACCCAAAGCGCCUCCGCCUGGUGGUGGACGUGUCAGGGUCCAUGUACCGAUUCAACGGUCAUGAUGGACGGCUGGAGCGUGAGCUGGAGGCAACGCUGAUGGUGAUGGAGGCGUUUGAAGGGUUUGAAACGAAGUUCAAGUUUGACAUUUAUGGACAUUCGGGUGAAGAGCAUGCAGUUCCCUUUGUGGAGUCUGAUAGUGUUCCCAGCAAUAACAAAGAACGCUUGGAUGUCCUGAAGACAAUGCAAGCACACUCUCAGUUUUGUCUGAGUGGUGAUCACACUCUUGAGGCAGCAAUGACUGCUGUGAAGCAAAUGGCAGCAGAGGAGGCUGAUGAGAGGUUUGUUAUUUUGCUCUCUGAUGCAAAUCUUGAUAGGUACGGGAUUCGACCAAGUGAGCUGGCCAAAGCCUUGACUGCUGAGAGUACUGUCAACACUUACGCCAUCUUCAUUGGGUCCCUGGGUGACCAGGCGGCCCGGCUCACCAAGGCCCUUCCUGCUGGGCACUCCUUUGUGUGUCUUGACUUGAAAAAGAUUCCCCAAAUAUUACAACAAAUUUUUACUUCAGCAAUGCUGAAGUAACAAGACUUUAAGAAAUGAAAAAUAAUUACAUAGACUAUUAACAAUAUGUAAAUAUGUUUAAAUUAUGCUAAAAAUGUGCAUACAGUUGUUUGUAUGAAAGAGAGAAUAUGUUUGUAUUCUAGUGUGCUGUAAAGGUCUAGUUUGUAAGAUGCACAAAAUGUACCCAAUGCAAAUUUUAUCCAUAAACUGAGUAAAUUAUUCUUAUUAAUGUUGUUUCCAUGUGAUCUA